AUGUCUAUCUCCACAUCCGAAGCAGAUAUAGUCUUCAACAGAGCGAACGUGGCCCUGGCACGCAGCCAGCGCCUCAUCGCAUCAUGGCUGCCCCCCAAAACUGCUGAAGAGAUCGCCAACACGAAAACCGAGGAGGAACUACUGCGGGAAGAGGACGAGAUAUUUACCCCCGUUCCGGAGAAGCUAGGACUCGGUGCACCCGUCCCAAAAAGCCAGGAAGAUAACAGCUUCAAUCGCACAGAGCUCAGCGCCAACGAGAAACUACGAAAACAGCUUCUGGGCAAGAAUUACAAGAAAUUCACUUCAAACAUGCCGGUGAAUGGUUCACGGGAUCCUCGACUGCUGCUGGAGAAGAAGCAACAGCAACACCGCCAACAUGCCAAAGAACAACCACAAAGCGAUGACGAGGAUGAAGGACGAUCUUCCUUGGGCAGGAAUAAAAGAAAGAUCGUAACGGAGAAGACAAUUCAGGCUGGGGCAGAUGGUGGUGCUGCUAUAGCUACCCCUACGACGACUGCAACGACAAUUGGAAAUGGCGAUAUUGACGACCUUGAAUCAGAUGAUGGAAGCCCGCAACGCAGCGCUCAACGGAAGAAGCCGGCCAGUUAUCUCGACGAGCUCUUAUCGGAACGAUCGAAAAAGAAAAAGAGGAAAAAGAACAAAAAGCAGUCGUAG